GCAGUUCGACAAUAUGACCGUCUACAUUCCUCGGGAAAAUAAACGUUUCAAUGUAUCUGGUAACCUAACCCUCUCCGAAAACAUCGCCGACGCAGGGGGCAUCCGUGCAGCCUACCGGGCUUAUGAGUCAUGGAGAGCAGGGAACGGCGCGGAAGCGAUGUUGGUGGGGAUGCCAGGCUCCAUGACGUGGAAGAAACUGUUUUUUCUCGCAGCAGUCCAGCCAUUCUGUCAGGAGAGCACCGGGCUGUUCAUGCUGUACAUUACCAGAGUGGGACCUCACACUCCAUCAAUGGCAAGAGUCAAGGGAUUGGUGAUGAAUACCGAUGACUUUUCCUCAGCCUUUCAAUGUCCCAAAGGCAGUCCGAUGAAUCCUACGGAAAAAUGUCAAUUGUGGUAG